GAGGCAUCCGUGUUCGUAUUUGAGAAGCGAUCAGUUGAAAAGUUUCACAAACCAAAGCAUAAGGAAACUGUAACAGAAAUUCUCCGUAGAUGUCCAAGAAAUCUAGAGGAAUUUCGACAUCCUAAAUUACUUCAGGUCAUCCAUUCGGUGACAGAAUGUGCGGAAACAUUGGCUUUUGCUACUGAACCUGUAAUAGCAAGUUUGGCCAACGUUUUAGCUUAUAAAGAACAACAAUCAGCCCCUGCUGCUAACUCUCAUGCUAAUUAUACGGGAGCACAGUCAAACCUCCAACAGCCGCCAGGUCAUCGUCCAAUCCUUGUUAAAAAAUAUGAAAUGGUUUCAAUGGAAAUUAAAUAUGGCCUACUUCAGAUCAUCGAAGCACUCUCUUUUCUUCAAUGCAAUUGUAUGGUCAUCCAUAAGAAUGUAUGCCCCAGCAGUAUUAUUAUCACUAAAAAAGGAACAUGGAAGUUAUGUGGCCUCGAGUUUAUAGAACGAACUAAUACAAAUGGCUUGGAACCUAUUCAUUGUCACGCGUGGACCAAUAAAGUGUCAAAAAUAUGCCAACCAAAUCUUGACUAUAUUGCUCCGGAAAUUCAGCUGACAAAAUGCUGCAGCGUUCGAAGUGACAUGUUUAGCCUUGGAAUGGUGAUUGCUGCUAUCUACAAUGACGGUAGAUCUCUAAUUCAAGCUAACCACAGUAAUUCCGAUUACAUCAAACAAUUAGAUAAUCUUGACCAAAAUGUAGAACAUCUUUUACCAAAUAUUCCUGUAGCUCUACAUGAAGCAGUGUCUCGUUUGCUGCAAAAAGAUCCUGAGGCAAGACCUAUAGCAAAACAUCUGUCUCUGAUAAAAUAUUUCAGUGAUCCUUCAGUUCACGCUCUACAAUUUCUGGAUGUUAUCAACAUGAAAGACCCGAAUCAAAAAUCACAUUUCUACAGAAAUACGCUUAAAGAAGUUCUUCCUUUUAUUCCACGGAAAUUGUGGUAUCAACAUAUCUGGCCUUAUCUUGAAAUUGAAUCCAAAUCUCAGGAAGUAUUUGCAUCAGUACUUCAACCAAUGUUAUCAAUAAUUCAACAAAGUAAAACCGAAGAUUAUGAAAAUAUCAUUCUACCAUCUUUUCGAGAGCUUUUCUCAGCACCGAGAUCGGUUCAAGGAACUGUUGUUUUACUCGAAAAUCUACAUGUGGUUUUUGAGAAAACUCCAAGUGAUAUAGUCAACGGUGAGAUGCUUCCGAUGCUUUAUUCAUCUUUCGAAAGUCCUAAUAUUCAAGUUCAGGCUGCGGCUUUCGUAGCGGUAUCAAAAGUAAGCGAUUAUAUUGAUGAAACAUCGCUUCGAAAUAUUGUAUUACCUAAACUCAUGCACGCAUUUGAAGGAAGUACCACAGAUUCUAGGAUUCUUAUGAAUUGUCUUUCCCGUAUCAUAGAUCAGUUAGAUACUCAACAGAUUAUUGAUGAAGUGUUUCCUCUGUUAUGGGAAAUUAAACUUCAAGAGCCCGAUGCUGUCCUGAAGGUUGUAAACAUUUAUCGACUCCUUUUGAGUAACAAAAAAUAUGGACUUUCGAUCAACCUGAUAGCUACUAAAGUGAUGCCCAUUCUUCUCCCAGUCACCGUUAAUCCGUCCCUGAACCUAGAUCAAUUCACGGUACUCAUGGAGAUUCUACAAGAUAUGUUAAAUCGUAUCGAAAGAAACCAAGCUAGCAAACUCAAGUUAUCCACGUCAAGUCCUGAGAGACAUCGACCCUUAAGACACCAAUUUAGUACAGAAAAUAUGCAUGCACCUCCGUUUAAUAUCCCAGGCCUUCGUAUUGAACAAAGGAAAACAUCUUCUGCUGAAGACAUGGUGAGGAAAACUUCUAUUGGAUCCAUGUCUAUGACUGCUUCUGCUGAAAACAUGAAUCGCAAAAAUUCUAUGACAGGUUUACUUGGUGGAUGGUGGUUUGGUUCUUCAUCUUCAGCAAAUGAAGGCGGUUUCCUGAGGGUCACCAGUGCCUUCCCUAGUCGUCGACUCUCCGACAAUACCCUUAUGACUCCAAAAAUUCGCAUUGCUCCGUCAUGUUCUAGUUCUCCUGGAGGUACUCCUGGUGGUGGGUUGCCUAUAAGGCGACACUCCAGUACGGGACCACAAGAACGUCGAGGAUCUAAUGUCAAUCUUUCACCACCCACGGGCGGGAUGCCAACGACGAGUAGCAGUGUGCCAUAUCUAUUGAGUUCCAGUAUGACGAGCAUUCGUAAUUCCCGAAGACCAUCAGUUUCAUCAACAUCCUCCCAACAAGGCACGGGUCUUCUUCAACAAUUUGGCACCGGCAUGGUAAGACAACUACCCCCCAUCUGCCUCAACCUCAAUGGGAUACCAACACCACCAUCACCACAACUACCACAACUACCAAUACCACCACUCUCUCCAUCAAUCCAGCCAUUGGGACAGCCUUCCCACUGACCCUUGGUUAAGAUUGCCAAUUCUUCUCCGGUCGUUCUUAAACAAGUGGCUCAGUGGAUUUUGCGAUGUUGGUGGGUUAUUAAACGCGCAUAUUCAUCAAUACGCCAAUACACAUGUUACAACCAUCAUCUUAAAUUCAAGAAACAUCCAACACAUUGGCAUCUGUGCAUUAAUCCGUUGCAGCAUCAACGUGGUAAUUGGGAUCAUUAUCAUUCGGAGGAUGAUACUUUGACGAAUCAAGUAGCAAUCGUUGUCACACUCGACGGAUCAUCCUCGACGGAGCACAUGCGCCCCCAAUAACGUUUUAAUCAUUUUUUCGUCUUGUAUAUAUUUAAAUAUAAUAUAAAAUACUUAAUAUUAAAUGAUCGUUUUUUUACAACUAAAUUGAGCAAAAUUGAAGCAUUAACAGUUUUUAUUAUAAAUGUGUUAUUGUAUUGCAUUCUUUAUUUAAAUCAAUUUUUUAUACUAUUUACAAAACUAUCAGCUAUUUUCCGUAUUUUUUAACAACAAAGAACCCAUAGUCUGAAAACAAGCAUCACUUAACAUACAUUUACAUAAAAAGGCCUAUGUAAAAAAAGACUAAGUUUUAUGUCAUAAAUGAAUUUAUACUUUUUAUGCUCAAUUAUAACAACGAUUUUUUUUUAUAAAGAUAUGUUGCUGAAGGUAAAUAAUUUUUUUUUAUCAAUGAAAUAUUAAUUAUAAAUUUUUAUGAAUCUUUUGUUCUCUCAAAGUCACACCAAUGAGAAUAAUCAAAGACCUUCAAGUAAAGAAAGUACCCACAGACCAAUAUAGAAUUUCAAGAAAAAUAUUAUUCUAAAGACUUAUAGCCUCGGUGAUUAAUUUUUAACUCAAUAUGUAUAAACUAUACUUAACAUAUCGUUAAUCUCGUUCAAAGAUAAUUUUUUUUGUUAAACAUAGAUUUAGUAAAAAUAUCUAGUAUUUACUUGGUAAAGAAGUAAAUGAUUAUACAAUGAGACACACAAACAGCCUUAGACAUUUUAUCAAACGAAGAAGAAAAGAAUGUGCAUUGUAGACAAUUAUUUCUUUAUUUAAAUCUAUUCAAAAUCAUUUAAAUUAUACUAUUUGAAGAGAAAAUUUAAUUAUGAUUUUGACUCAUGUUGACUUCAACAAAUUUAAAAUUAAUUCUUAAAAGAAAUAAAAUAAGGACUGAUCGGAAACGGCCUGAAUUCAUCUAGUCUUAAUGUCAAUUUUUUGUUGACUUUGAAUUGCAUCAACAAUCACUAUCUCUUAAGAUUUAUUUUUAUAAUAGCGAUGAUCUCAAUCUAUGAAGGAAAAAAGUAAAUUUCAAUAUAAUGCCGAACGACCGUUGGUCGAGAAAAAUCGGUCAAUCUUAAUUUUUUAUAAAAAAUGUUAUAUAAAAAGUCUAAACAGAAAAUUAACUAUUAAAAAUAUCAAUAAUAUGAAUUUUCACAAAUUCAAAAAAAUUUAUAUAUAAUUUUU